GCAUAAACUGAUGGCUAGAUUCAUGGGUUACAAUCAAAAUCGACAAAUGUUGGCUCUCUGCAUAACAGUAGCAGUAAUGUUUCUUGUUGUGAGAUCAGAAUUGAGUCAGGACAUAAAGGGAUGUCAGGAGGCCAUGUCUGAUCUCUACUCUUGUCUUCCUUUUGUCUCUAACAAAGCUAAAGCUCCAGACUCAACAUGUUGCAGCACACUCAAGGCAAAAAUAGACAAAGGGCAGACCAAGAAAUGUCUCUGUACUCUUGUCAAAGACAGGGAUGAUCCUGGUUUGGGGUUCAAAGUUGAUGCCAAUCGUGCAAUGAGCCUCCCUUCCGCUUGUCAUGUCCCUGCAAACAUAUCUCAAUGCCCAGAUCUUCUACAUCUGCUUCCAGAUUCACCAGCUGCUCAGAUUUUUAAGCAAUUCACUGAAUCUUCUUCUCAGAAUGUUGGACAUAAAGCGGUCACCACAAGUUCAAGCAUCAAAGCAAGAGACAAGAGUCAAUUUGGUUUAAUGCUGGCUGGUGCUCUCUCAGUAUGGUAUUUAGUGUAAAUCCUCUGUAAUACAAGUUGAUAAACACA